GCCUUUUCUCAGACAAACUGAGCUGUAUCUACAAACUAGAAAGCAGUUUCACUCUGACCUAAGCUCCAUCUUAGAAGUUCACCAGUUCCAGAGAGAGGAAGCUCUAUACAAAUUCACAUCCAUGGGCAUUGGGGAUUACAUCUGUGUCACAAUCAGUGGUGGAGCACCCUGGGGAUUCAGACUGCAAGGUGGCAAGGAGCACAAGCAGCCAUUACAGAUUUCAAAGGUCCGGAAGAAGAGUAAGGCCUGCAGAGCUGGACUAUGUGAGGGAGAUGAAAUGAUCUCAAUCAACGGUAAACCUUGUUCGGAAUUAAUCCAUUCAGAAGCCAUGCAACUGAUUGAUGGGACAAGUGAAAAUCUACAAAUCCUGAUUAAAAGGCCUAUCAGUGAGAAAGCUGAUCAGCCAGAAUAUGAAGAUUAUGAAGGAACAAAGAGGCAUGAAACAGUUGAAAGCAGGAUGCAAGUUAGUGACAGUAAAACAUCUUGCAAGCAUGGCCUUCCUUUUGAACUUUACAUCUCUGAGUCUCAGGAUGAGGCUUACUAUGGGGAGACAGAGAGUGACACAGAUGUUAUGGGCAAGAAAGAAGGAAACCAGAGACAGAAUGUCUCUAGCUUGCUUUUGAAAGAAUGUGCCACUUCUGGAGAAUCCCGGCAGGACCCUAAAUGGAAGGAGAAGAGAGGUGCCCAACAUAUGGCCAUGGUGGAGCUCCAGUUGUCCCUGACUCAAGGAAAGCUUGGUGAUCCAGAGACAACUGCUAUUACCGUCAUUGGGGCUGAAAAAAUCCCUUCUGCAGCCAGAGAGCCAACCACACUGUAUGAGAGUAUCCAGAAAACUGAAUCAGCAGCAUCAGAAACUAAUGGAAAUGUUACAACCCAGACUGCCUCGACUACUAUAUCACACCAGAACAGGAGUGACAAAAAGGUCAAGCUGGUCGAAAGUGAGCUGCAAGGAACAGAAGCAGAUUCAUAUCAGUCUCGGGUGGAGCUGUCUUUGGAUUCCUCGGACAGAGAGCAUAGUGGAAGGGAAGCCUCCACGUCUGAAGUAGGUAGUGCAUGUGCUGACUCGUUGGCUGAAGACGGACAGUCAAAAACACGUAGCAACCCUCCUUUCUUGGUUGGGAUUUCAUCAGAGGGAACAGAGCCCGGAUCAGAAGGGACACGCUCUGGGAAGGAUUCUAUAAGAACACACAAACACCGAGCUAGGCAAGCCAAAAUUCGACGGAGUGAAAGUCUGUCAGAAAAACAGGUUAAAGAAGCCAAGUCAAAGUGUAAAAGCAUUGCCUUGCUCCUGACAGCAACUCCUACCCCCAGCUCCAAGGGGGCAUUAAUGUUUAAGAAGCGUCGCCAGAGGGCAAAAAAGUAUACUUUAGUCAGCUACGGCACUGGGGAGUUUGAUCCUGACGACGAUCAAGAAGACUCCAUAGAAUUCGCUCUGGUACCAACCAGCGACUCAGAUCUUGACGAGGACUUUUGUGCUGAUGUCAACUCAGCUCAGGUUGUGACAUUUGACUGGGACACAGGUUUAGUGGAAGUUGAAAAGAAAGAGAAGACAGAAGACGAAAUGCAGAGAUUACCAGAGAGCAAGGGCAAAGGUGCAUUGUUGUUUGCCAAGAGGAAGCAAAGGAUUGAUCAAUUCACAGCUGAGCAAGAGGAAAUGAGGAGAACAGGAGCGAAUGAAGCUGCCUCCACUCACACUGUAGAGACUGAAAAUCUUUACCAAACAACAAAAAGCAGUUUAUAUGAUUCAUCAAACACAAUACAAAAUCACGCCACUGAAAAUUAUAUUGAUGUAAGUAAGUUGCAUGGAACUGAAAAUGUACAAGGAGGGAAAGGGAGAUCUGAAAUGGUGAUCCAGAACUCAAAGUCUGCUGAAACCAAUAGAGCAGGUGCAAUGAACAGAACAGCGAUACCAUUUCCUGGUGUGCAAAAUCGAGCUGCAGCUCCCUUCUCUCCUACAAGAAAUGUGGCGAAUUCCUUGUCAAAUGUACCUCCCCCCCCACCCUAUUCUUCCAUUAGUCCACCACCUGACAAUAUUCAUCGCAUUGCAUCUCCUCCUUUGGCAUCCGUGGCUCAACCAGCCAAAUGGUCACCAAUGGGAAUUGCAGGAGAGCAGAUAGCCUCCAGAGAUGAGAGAAUCUGUGUACCAGCAAUAAAAACUGGCAUUUUACAAGAUGCAAGAAAACGGAACACUACAAAGCCCAUGUUUACAUUUGUUGACCGUCCUAAGGUAGCUCCAAAUCCAGAACUCCUGUCAAUGGUCAAAGGUAAGACAGACCGACGUAGAGGAGUAGAUCAGCCUGGUGGAGGUUUUGAGUCAGGACCUGAAGAAGAUUAUCUUAGUUUAGGUGCAGAAGCAUCAAAUUUUUUACAGACACCAGCAGUAAAGCAGAAGAAACCACCUCCAGUUGCACCAAAGCCAUUUGUUAAGAGCCCUCCUACUGAGCCAAACCCAACAUUACCACCGUUAUCACCUACAGAAGUCACCAGUGCUCAAGCUCCAGUCCAUUCUUCUAAGAGCGCUAAGCAGAUGCCUGUAAAAUUGCAUUCAGUUCAACCUGUUAAUACAUGGUACCAGUCCCAAGGUUCUGCCAACCAGUUUGUAUCUUCAACUGGACCCCAAUCAGUAACAUCAACACAUUCAUAUCCUUCAAAAAUGCCACCCACAACUCCCAUAGCAAAUUCUGCACCUGCUGGAGGUAUGGGUCCAGCCUAUGAGAUGCCAGCUUUGAAAGGUAAAGGAGCACAGUUAUUUGCAAGGAGACAAUCCCGCAUGGAGAAAUAUGUAGUAGAUUCAUCAACAGUCAAAGCCAGACAAGCACGGUCAUCAUCCCCCACCCCUUCCAUGCCAGCAUCUUGGAAGUAUUCAUCUAACAUAAGAGCACCUCCCCCUUUGGCUUACAAUCCUAUUCAUUCUCCAUCUUAUCCUCCUGGCAUUUUGAAAGCACAAGCACAAUCUGCAUCUUCAUCUAAGCCAAAUAAAGGUGCCAAAGGUAAAGGCACCAAAAAACCUCUCAAUGCUUUGGAUGUCAUGAAGCAUCAACCAUAUCAGCUUAAUUCAUCUUUGUUCACUUUUUCAUCCACUUCUGAUGCUAAGACACCUCUGUCCACAAGCUCAUCACUUUCUAAGCAGUCUAUAAAGUCUGAUCCUGUUCCACUUCAACCAGUUAAUGCUACAUAUCCUAUUUCUAAGAGUGUCUCAUCUGUGUCAACAGGACCAUCUUUCAAUCAAGCUAAUACAGCUUCUGCUGAUGAGGAGCAUAUCUAUUCUUCUGGAAAGAAUGCCUUUCUACCCCCAAGUUAUGCAUCAUAUCCAAAGCAAGAAUCAAGUGCUUUGUCGGUUGCCAUGGCACCAAGACCAAAGUUUUCAGCAAAGAAAGUGGGCGUUACAGCACAGGCGCAGUCAAAAGGUUUCCAACCUGUACAAGUACCAGAAAAGCUAUCACAAUACAACUAUUCUCAUGGGCUUUCUGGAGCACAAGCAAUGAAACAGCCAGCAACCCCGUCAUCUGGAAGACCAGCAUCCCAGUCAGAGAAAAUUGCAAAGAAAAAACUGACCCCAUGGGAUGCUGCAUCACAGUCUGCUGUUGGUUCAGUAGAGGAAGCAUUUUCCAGAAGGAAUAUCCAAGAGUCAAUAGCAAAGAAUAUUGUGUCAGCAGCCCGCCGAAAGACAUUACCUGAGCCUCCAGAGGAAUGGAAGGCACGAGUAGCCUAUGUACCACCACUUCCAAGUGGUUACUCAUCUGUUGCUGCUUUCCAGGUCAGAAGACCAUCGAGCAUAUCAUCCUCAGUCAAAACUACAGCAUCAAUUCCAACAUCUAUCAGCCAACAGAGUUCAAUGUAUAAACUGCCACUAAAUUAUCAGCAAUCACUGACUGAUUCAGAUCUAUCUACUGGGACAUGCUCUGAACAUGAAACUUCAGGAAAGCAGGUAGCUGAUCCAAAUUAUAACCCUUAUCCACGGGGCUGGAAGAAACAAAGAUGAAACCAUAAAAGAAAAGAAUCUUGACCUGUAAUUUGUCAGGCAUUUCCUCAUGUUGAAGAUUACUGCGCCAUUUGCUUUGACCGGAAAAGUGAACUGGGUUUUUGAAGAGAACAUAUUGAAAAACGUGGUGUGUGAAAAACUGUAAGAUAAACAAAAGGCAUUUUGUGGUAGAUUUCACCUUCAAUCUUGAGUUUUCAUUGUGUUAUGCAGCACCUGAAAUAUUUUCUUAUGCAUAUUUUAGUAAAGUGUUGAAUUACAAAUUGUUAAAUGUGGACAAGUGAAAACUAUUAUUAUAGCAAACACAAAGCAUUUACAGACAAAGUGAAUGCAGUGGAUUGGUCUGUACACCGCAGCAUUAACCUUAUGACAUUAUUUCCAGAUAACUUGCAGCCACUGGCCUUAGAGACAGAUUAUGAGAGCUUUGGGACAUAUUGGUACAAGAAUGAGCAGCCAUAAAAAUUGAUGUUUAUUAAGUGGCAGAUGUUAUAUUUUGCAUUGCACAAUUUAUGGCAUUAGAGAAUAACUUGGCCAAUAAAAUGUAUGCACAGAAUUUGUUGGCUUGGGAUGAGUUACAACUCCAUAAUAGGUUAGAAGGAUUAAGAUAAUACCUUGAGAGGAAGUAUAAAAUAUUUUCCCCAACACAAAGUGACAAAUGCCAUAAAAUAGAACAAAUUUUGGGUUUGUUUUUAUAGCAUUUUAACACUCUGGCUAACAAUAUAUGUGCAUUUUGUUUAUAAUAAUUUAUUAAGGUCUUGUUCUAAUCCCUUAUUUGCACAUUUGUCUACCCAUUGCAAUAUAGACAAUAUAGACCAAGAGAAAAAGCAAAGUAACCUUUCAACUCCAAGGCAGGCAGUGUUAUGGGAUAAGAAAGCAACGUGCGACAGAUUUCUUUUUAGCUGGGAAAUGUACUGUGCUUUGUAGAAAUAUUAUAGAUGUAGGAUAUUGUGAACAACAGCAAUGUCAGAGAAAUCUUCAGGAGUAUAAAGUAAUAAUAAACCAUGGCAAAAGGUGUAACAAAUACAUGAAAUUUAAUCCACUUGACAGACAGAAAUGUUGAAUUUUUCUGCCUGGAUAAAAAUUACCCAACAGAAUCAUGCAUGUUUGUUACAACUAAAAAGAGUUAGUCUACAAAGGUAGACACAGACAUCUUAUUAUGGUACUUAACUGUAAACAAAAACGAAAAUAUAUGUACAAAAUUGUACUAUCAAAAUUAUUCAGCUCCAUUACAACCAUCCAAAGUCCACUGACAAUUUGUUUAUAAAUCUAGAGAAUACUUAUACUAGACUGAAACAAAAUUCAUGCAUACUCUUAAGUCCUACAAAUAUACAAUUCUUUAAAAGUUAGAUAAAUACUAUAUUGAAACAAAUAAUAGUGUACAUUAAAAGCGAUUGAUAGAAAUUAUAUAGGAUAAUGGGUCAUUAGGAAGUUUAGAAAUGAUGUGGGAAGCAUUAUAGCCUUUACAUUUUGAGCAAACAUUACAUUUAACUGCUCAACAUGAGUUGAAAAGAUUAUAAUGGGUUACAGUAUGUGCGAUGUGUUUUGAGAUGUGAUUGCAGAAUUAAAGGGGGAUGUCGAAAGGUUUUGAAUCAUUUUGCUUUUUUAGAUAUUGGGUAAACGUCAGUGUAGUAAUUUUUAUUGUUAAACUUACAGCUAAAAUUGUGAUAAUCUGACAUAAACAUUUAGAACAUCAAUUUUUUUUUUGAUUCAUGCGAUGUAGAUGCUGCUGGCUGGACCAGCAUUUAUUAUCCAUGUGAAAUUGCCAUUGAGAAGGUGGAAAUCAGCUGCCUCUUGAACACCUCAGUCCAUGAUGGGUAGACACAUCUCCAGUGCUAUUACAAAUAGAAUUCCAGGCUUUUAAUGUUGUGACAGUGAAGGAUGACAGUAACAUCCCAAGUCAGGAUGGUGUGGCCUGGAGGAAACUUGCAGAUAGUGGUAUCCCCAUGUAUCUAUUGUAUAUAUCCUUUUAGAUGUUAGAGUCAUGGGUUUGGAAAGUGCUGCUGAAGGAGUUUUUGUGAGUUGUUGCAGUACAUCUUGUAGAUAGUAUACUUGUGAAUUGGACAUGGAGUGAACACCGAAGAUGUUAGACGUGGUGCCAAUCAAGCAGGCUACUUUAUCUUAGACAGGGGAGGGAUUAAACUUCUUGAGUAUUAUUGGUCCAUGAUAAUUCCCUGGAUAUUGAUAUUGGGGAUUCAGCUCGGAUAAUAGUUGGAUUCUCUCUUGUUGAAAAUUACUAUUGCCUGUCAGUUUUGAGAUCCAAAUGUUAGUAGCCACUUAUUAGCCCUAACCUGAAUGUUGUCCUGAUCUUGCUACAUUUGGACAUGUACUGCUUGUGUUCAUGAGGAGUUGCGAUGGUGUUAAACAUCCCCACAUCUGACCUUAUGAUGGGGACAAGGUCAUUGACGAAGAAGCUGAAGCUGACGAAGUAGUUGGGCCUAGGACCACCCUGAGGAACUGGGCUGUAGUGGUACUAGUGCCACCUCUACGUCAAGAGGUGAGGGUUGAAGUCCCAUCUGCUCCAGAAAUGUCUAAUAACACAUUUGAGCACAUCAAUCAGAAAAUACCUACCCCAAUGAUGUGAUGUGGCUGAGCUUAUUGACCACCAGCAACCAUAUCCAUCAUCCUUUUUUCAACAAGCAAGGAGUUUUCCCUCUGACUCCAACUUUGAGUGCAGCAUCAACAAGCCAAAACAGUCAAAUGCUGACUUGAUGUCAAGGGCAGAUCCACCCCUUUUUUCUAUUUGUUCAUGGGAUGUAGGUGUCGCUGGCUAGUGAGCAUUUUUAUUCUAGUUGCCCUUGAGAAGGUGGUGGUGAGCUGCCUUCCUCAACCACUGCAGUCCAUGCGCUGUAAGUUGACCCAUAAUAUCUUUAGGGAGGGAA